AUGUUGAGCAUAAAUAACAAUUUUCCUGAAUAUGCUGUACCCGGCGUUAAACAAGUUCGAUUCGAGCCCUAUGCCGACAACGGCGGGAGCAUUGUGGCCAUCGCCGGCGAAGAUUACGCCGUGAUUGGUGCAGAUACUCGACUAAGCACUGGCUUUUCGAUUUAUACAAGAGAACAGAAGAAGCUUUUCAAACUCUCCGAACGCACUGUCCUCGGGGCUACCGGAUGCUGGUGCGACACUUUGACACUGACGCGACUGUUGCAGGCACGAUUGCAAAUGUAUGAACAUGAACACAAUAAAUCGAUGUCCACCCCUGCCGUGGCGCAAAUGCUUUCUACGAUGUUGUACUAUAAGCGUUUUUUCCCCUAUUAUGUUUCUAAUAUUCUGGCGGGGUUGGAUGCGGAAGGAAAGGGCUGCGUCUACAGCUACGAUCCAAUCGGACACUGUGAGCGCUCAACUUUCCGCGCUGGAGGAUCAGCCGGUGCCCAGUUACAACCACUACUUGAUAAUCAAAUAGGGCUUAAAAACAUGCAAAAUGUGAGUGAAGUACCAAUACCUAAAGAAAAAGCGCUUGCAUUGCUUAAAGAUGUUUUCAUAAGUGCAGCUGAACGUGAUAUUUAUACUGGGGAUUCAAUCUACAUAGUCAUUAUUACAGCCAAUGGAAUUCAGGAAGAGAAGUUUGAAUUAAGAAAGGAU